AUGGCGGCAGCACCCGUCGUUGUUGAACCGGCCAGGCUCGAAGACGCCCCCGCCAUCGCCGAAAUUUUCUUCAAGUCCUUUAAGAGUGACUUCUUUCAGGCCUUGUUCCCCCAAAACGAAUACGGCCGGGCCUACAUAACCGACGCCUACAAGCAGUUCAUGCUCUCCAAGGAGCACGGCUCCCAAGAAGGUCAAGUUGCCGUUGUCAGGAACGAGAAAGCCACCACCCUUAUCUGGAUCAUCCGCCCCGAGGACAACGGAACCUGGUCGUGGCGAAAGCGAUGGCCGUCCGCUAAUGCAGGGCAAAAAGACGAGCUGCUUGAUGAGUUCUUCUCCGACAUGGCGUCUCAGCACGACCGUGUCAUGGGCAAGGACCCUCACGUUUACUUUGAGCUGAUUUUCACCGACCCGGCCUACCUUCGCCGGGGCUAUGCGAAAGCCCUUCUCCAACAAGGAACGGAAAUUGCCGACAAGCUGGGCUACCCAAUGUAUCUCGAUGCCGAGCAGUACAUCUUGGACCUUUACUCAUCAGCAGGCUUCUUGACCAAGACUGAAGUCGGACAAUCGUCACAGAUGAUUCCCAUGAUGAGGCCAGCCAGGGGCUAA